ACCCCAGAGCACAGCCAUCUGGUGGGCAGAGGAGAUUGAAUUGGGGAGGGGGACCUCUCUCCGGCAGGUGGAAGGCGUUCCUCUUGGACUGUCCUUGAUGGUUUUCCAAAGUAGCCACACUUCCUUUCUUGUCUCCUCCGGAACCAGCCAGCAGCCUCUCCUUCUCCAUCUCUGCCUUUUCUGGAAGGGUCACUGCUCAUCUUGGCAGUCUGGUGUGGAAGAGGGUGACCUCUGGACCGAGCACAGCCAGUUGCCCAUAGUGCCAGGGCAGUUUGCAGGGACACGCCUGCAGCCGUCGGCUGAGACUUCUGCCCCCCCCUGUCUGUUGUUUGUGACCUGUUCUUUGAGAUCUCUGUUCCCGGCAGCGAUGACAGCCAGCAACCAGCGUGGCAUCUGGUCUGGCUCAGUAGUUUUGACUUUCCUGGUGGCGGCCUCGGACUCCUGAGCUCGCUGCAAGCAGCAUUUUGCAGAGGGGCUUCGGGAAUCGCUUCUCCUCUCCUCCCUGCCCCUUCUCCCAGUCUGCUUCCAGGAUGGAUCUGCUGCAGAAGAGCAAAUACAACCACCUGCGUAACGACUCCCUCUCCUCCCUUGAAGAGGGGUCCGUGGCAGCGGAGGGGGACUCCCCUUCGGAGCCCCUGGUGGCCGCCCCGUCUCUCCCCAGCUCCUUGUCCUCCUCCUCCCUCAGCCCCAUGCUUCCCCUGGGCGAGCUGUCGUCGGAAUCGGAGGACAGCCCUACCACCCUAUGCUCCUUUUUCCCCAAAAUGGCCAACUUGAAGCUCUCCAACCCCGCCACCCUCCUCAACCUCCGGGCCUUCUCCAAAGAGGCAGGCAGCACCGGGGAGCCUCCCGCCGUCCCCCCCAGCCCCGACUCAGCGGGGGCUGUCCCUGUCUGUUCCCAGGAUAUGAACAAGCUGGGCUGCGGCAAGAAGAUGCGGGUGGAAGGCGGCCAGUUGGGCGGCGACGAAUGGACCCGGCACGGCAGCUUCGUCAACAAGCCCAGCCGGGGCUGGCUGCACCCAGAUGACAAAGUGAUGGGCCCUGGAGUCUCCUACCUCGUCCGGUACAUGGGUUGUGUGGAAGUGCUCCAGUCGAUGAGGGCGCUCGACUUCAACACAAGGACUCAAGUCACAAGGGAGGCCAUUGGCUUGGUCUGUGAAGCAGUGCCUGGUGCCAAGGGAGCCGUCCGCAGAAGAAAGCCCUGCGGCCGCUCGCUCAACUCCAUCCUCGGCAAGAGCAACCUGAAGUUUGCCGCCAUGCCUAUCACGCUCACCAUCUCCACCAGCAGCCUCAAUCUCAUGGCGUCCGACUGCAAGCAGAUCAUUGCCAACCAUCACAUGCAGUCGAUUUCUUUCGCAUCCGGAGGGGAUCCGGACACAGCUGAGUAUGUCGCCUACGUUGCCAAAGACCCCGUCAAUCACAGAGCCUGCCAUAUCCUGGAGUGCCCCGAGGGGCUGGCCCAAGACGUCAUCAGCACCAUCGGGCAGGCGUUCGAAUUGCGCUUCAAGCAGUACCUCAAGAACCCUCCCAAGCUCGUCACCCCCCACGACAGGAUGGCUGGUUUCGACGGCUCCGCCUGGGACGAGGAAGAGGACCCGCCACCCGACCACCAGUACUACAACGACUUCCCCGGAAAGGAGCCGCCCCUGGGUGGCGUGGUCGACAUGCGCUUACGGGACGGAGCCACGGCAGCCCAGACGCCCAACCAUCUUGGCGCCACCCUGCCGGUGGGUCAAACGGCUGGUGGGGACUACGACUCCAGGAAACCGCCACCCGCUGCUCAAGGAAGGGACAGAUACCCGGCUGCCACCACCGGCCCAUCUGGGCGCACAGACCUGUUUGACGACCCCUCCUAUGUCAAUGUGCAGAAUCUGGAAAAGGCACGGCAAGCCGGUCCGACGGCCAACGGCAGCGUCCAGAGAGAUCUCUUUGACAUGAAGCCAUUCGAGGAUGCCUUGCGCGUGCCUCCCCCAGUUCCACCGGCCCAGCUAGUGGCUUCCAUGGAAGAGCAGCUGCGCUGGGAGCCCUGGUACCACGGCCGGAUGAGCCGCAAAGAGGCCGAGAAGUUGCUGCAGGCCAACGGGGACUUCCUCGUGCGGGAGAGCACCACCACGCCGGGCCAGUACGUGCUGACCGGGCUGCAAGGGGGACAGCCCAAGCAUCUGCUCCUCGUCGACCCGGAAGGAGUGGUCCGAACGAAGGACCACCGCUUCGAGAGUGUCAGCCACCUCAUCAGCUACCACAUGGACAAUCGGUUGCCGAUCAUCUCGGCAGGCAGCGAACUCUGCCUGCAGCAGCCUGUGGAGCGGAGGUCGUGAGAAGCGAGGGGGUUGGGCGCAUCGUCCCCCCUCCCCAAUGUUGCCUUCUCCUUCUGACUGCUCCGCCCAGGCUGGCCCACCUUCUGUGGGGUCCUGUUUCUUGGCUGGCCGCACCGCGCGCACAGACUCACGUGCCACAUCUUGUGAGGCUUUGUGGCAUCCGUCUGGACUGACAGCAAGAGGGAUGCCGUUUCUGCCAAAGCAUCACCCUCUUUCCUGUUUGGUAGUGGAAAUUCGAAUGGUCACUUAACCCCCCCCCCCCCUUACUGCUCACAAAGCUCUUGAUUUGUCACAAAAGAAGUCUGGGCGGUAAAAUUGCUUAGCCUUCCCUCGGCUUCAUAAAGCACCUAGUCUUUAGGGAGGUGCUCAGCUGUUUCACUUUCCUCCCUUCCCAGAUUCCAUGCUCACAACUUUCCGUCCCCCACCUCUGCCCGGUUCACCUUCGGCAGGCAGGGGGUCUGCUCCCGGUCCUUGAAGCGGCGGGGAUGGGAGUUGCUGCAUCUUUUGCAAGUAGCGCCCUGUUGAGUCCUCUUCCAGUGGAUUCAGCCAUGCCAAAGCCCCUCGCCAUAUCGUGGGGGUGGGGAGGUGCAGAGGCCCCUGAACCUCAAAGCACAAAAAGAGGGCAAGAGAGACAAACCCCACCUCCGUCCCCAAUUGACAUAUUAACUCUGUGUGCCUUGACCCUUUUACAGGUCUGAGAUUUUAUGCAAAGCCCUGUGCUCUGGUGGCACAAACCUGGCCUGGUUUUUUUUGGGGGGGGGGGUUGUGAAAGGGGUGGGGGAGAAAAGCAGGCAGAAAUAGCUGUUUCCUCUCCCCCCUAUCAGCCACAGUCUCAGGCCUGCUGCUGCUCUUGACUCCUCAUGGAAAGGCAGGCAUUAGCUGCCUUCUGUGGGGGAGGGGCGGGGGGGCUUCCUCUGGGCUACGUCCCACACUACACUUUCUCUGCCCACUCCCCACCCUUCAAAAGAAGCACAGAGCCUCAGCAGCGCAGAGUCUCUUGGGAGAAGGGAACGCCUCCGUCGCAGAGGAUCAAGCCCUUGUGUGAGGCUGUGAGUUCAGGUCGACAGGGUUUCCAGAGCACCUAAAGGGCCUUGGGGGGAGAUGGGGGCGGCCUUGCACUGUUCAACUCGCCCCCCCUCCUCCUUCCCCCUCCCUUUCCUUCCCCAGGUCUGUACAUACGUUUGAUAACCUCAUCUUGCAUGUAGAUUGUUAUACUCCAGAAGCCAAAGUGUAGCCCCCCCCCUCGUAUCCCAUCACCCCUCCAGCACCUGUUAUCACUGUGCCUGCCCCACCACACUGGAGGGGGGGGCUUCAUUUUCACCUCACUCCCUUCCCCCAACUGCCCCCCCCCUCAACUACACACACUUUGUAUCAGUUUGAUUUAUCUUGAUUAUACCAAAGGAACCCAAUGGUUAUUAUUAAAGUUGGUAUUUCUUUA